CAUAAGCAGAUGCAGACAGUUGGCCCAUUUCAGCUCUGGGUCGAUGUUUGAAAUGCAGUUCCUACAUGAGACCAAGAACGAAUAAAAGGCACUUUUCUUUAUCCGUAUUAUCAGACAUCCUUUAAACGAUCCUACAACGAUGAAAAGGCAAAUGAAUGAGAUUUAUAGAUGAUCACGCUGUCCUUUCCGUUGUUUCCUCUUAUUUCCUCUAGUGCUCCUUUUACGUUUUGGUGUUUCGGAUGUAUACAAGUUAACUUAAAGGAAUAUGCCAGUAGCCUACCACAAACACUGUAAAAAGUGCUCUUGACUGUGGCACAGUGGCCGCAGCUCAUAGGUGAAUACCGUUUUGUUUAUUUUUUGUUCUCUUAUUUGAUGAAUGCAUUAUUUCCCAAAAGUAAUCGUCUGGUUAUUUCCAAACACUGACAGACCGGGGUUUGACAUGAGUGUGGGGCGCCCUGGUCGGCAGUUUAAGUCACCCGGCGGCCUAUCACUUCUAUCCGUCUCGCGCGGCGCAGUUGUGACAGUGCGGGUCGCAGCAAACCAAGUGAAGCUAGCAACACCAUUAUUAGCAUCGGUGAGUCUUCUGGAGAUGAGCCUAUAUAGCUUAGCCCACCCCAUAGCUAGCGCCUCAUAUUGGGACAUGUCAGUGCCUGGUUAGUUUAGGGUAAUGGCCAACCUCAGUGUUAAUAUUUGAUAUUUAGUUUGGGAGGCAGCUGACCUUUUGGUGACAUUAUUGUUGUCUGUUGACGAAACGAUAUAACGUGAACGUCUACUGGGCUAAUGCACUAGUGCUAGCUGGCUAUUUCGCUAGGUCGGUGGGAAGGUAACUAGGUGGCUAAUUAUACUUGCUGGAGAAAGCAAGCUAAUACCAUGAGCUAUCAUUAGCUAUUGUUACCCAGUGUUUCAGUAGCCUAGCCUCGGCACCGACAACACCACCUGUGCUCAGCAGACAGAUCGUGAAGAACUGGACAAUCCAUAUCGGACUCAUUGAAUACAACCCCUCUUGCGGACUCCUCAUUGGAAGGCAGAGCAUGCAACUGCACUGAGACGGAGACGGAGAAGAGAGCAAGAGAGUGAGAGAGAGCGAGGCUCCAGAAGAACGUUCAGCUCUCAGGCUCCACACUUGCCAUGGACUGCCGUGCUCCUCCUGCUGCAGCCCAACCCGCUACUCCACUCUAGUGGGAUCCCCUCCUCCUUGCCGGUGGCAUCCACCCUGCGAGUCAGCGCACAUCUGAUACCAUCCAUAGCCUCUGCUGGGUCCUCCAGCCCCCUCCCCCCACCCUCUCCCUUUCCCCAGAAAGAUGUCAGUAAGCCUGGCAACGGACAUCCAGCAGCAGGGAGAGAGUGGGCCGCUCACCGAGCCCUGUAGCCGAGGCAUGGGCUCCCCCCAACCUCAGGCCACCAUGGAUGGGACCGGGGAGGGCCUGGAGCCCGACGACGGCUCCCUGCACGAUGCACAGAGACGGGCGCCUAACCACAGCCAUAGCAGGAAAAGGCCUAAGUCCAAUGCCAAGCUGAAGCUGGUACGGAGUCUGGCGGUGUGUGAAGAGUCCUCGGGUCCAUUUUCUAGCGAUGGACCUCCAGAAUCGGAUAUCAUUCAGCUGCACAUCAGCUGUCCGUCCGACAAGGAAGAGGAGAAGUCCUCCAAGGAGGAGUAUGAAAACGAAGAGAAGGAUAAAAAGGACAAAACGCCACGCAAAAUGUUGUCCCGCGACUCCAGUCAAGAAUACACAGACUCCACUGGCAUCGAUGUCCAUGAGUUUCUGGUCAACACACUGAAAAACAAUCCCAGGGAUCGAAUGAUGCUGCUCAAACUAGAACAAGAUAUCCUGGAGUUUAUAAAUGAUGACAAUAACCAGUAUAAGAAGUUUCCCCAGAUGACCUCUUACCACCGCAUGCUGCUGCACCGGGUGGCCGCAUACUUUGGCAUGGACCACAAUGUGGACCAGACGGGCAAGGCUGUCAUCAUUAACAAGACGGGCAACACGCGCAUCCCAGAGCAAAGGUUUUCUGAGCACAUUAAGGAUGAGCGCAACAUUGACUUCCAGAAAAAGUUCAUCCUGAAGAGAGAUGACGCUAGUAUGGACAAGGACGAUAAUCAGAUCCGUGUUCCGCUGCAGGACGGGAGGCGCAGUAAGUCCAUCGAGGAGCGUGAGGAGGAGUAUCAGCGGGUACGAGACCGGAUCUUUGCCCGAGAAUCCUCUCAAAAUGGCUACAUCAACGACAACAGACUUUCCACUGAGGGCUACUCCUCUCAAAAGAGGAGGCAGAUCUUUAGGGGGAACCGUGAGAGCUCGAGCCGGGCGUCCAGUAGCCGUCAGAGCAGCACGGACAGUGACAUGAAGUGCCUGGAGCCGCGGCCCUGGAGCAGCACCGACUCGGACAGCUCCAACCGCACGCUGCGGCCGCCCGUCACCAAGGCCAGCAGCUUCUCGGGCAUCUCCAUCCUCACCCGCGGAGACAGCCUGGGCAGCAACAAGAGCUCCCAGGGCAGCUGCCGGGGCUCGCGUUCAGGCCUGCCCCUGGUGAGUCCGGACCUGUGUCCCCCAAGCCAAGUUCCCCAGUCCAGCCGCAGCCUGCUCCCCUGCCCGCCACAGCCCCAGCAGCCUCACGCCCAGCCCCCACCACAGACCGCCCUGCUCCCCACCCCACAGCAGCACCCCAUGGGGAACCAUAUGAUGGCCCAGCCAGUGACGUCAAUGCAGCCCUCCCAGUCCGUCUCCUACUCCAGCCCGACCUGUCCCCAGGUCCUCCUGCCCGUCUCUCCUCCCCAGCAGUACACCAUGGGAGAGGAGCUGGCCCCCCAGUUCAGCCAGAUGACCCUGAGUCGGCAGGGCUCCAGCGAGAACCCAGAGGCUCCACCCAUGUAUCAGACGGCCCCGCCCACCGCCGUGCUCGCCCAGCACCCGCCCCCCCAGACCAGCUACAUCAUGGCCACCGCCGGGCCGGCCAUGGCCCCGCCGUCGGGCUACCAGCCCGCCACGGGGCACCCACACCCGCCGCCCCCGCCUCCUCCACCCUCCCAGCCCGUCAUGCAGGCCCCGCCCCCACCGCAGGGCUACAUGCAGCCCCCUCCGCCCCAGCAGAUCCAGGUGUCCUACUACCCUCCCGGUCAGUACCCCGGCACGGGCCAGCAGUACCGCGUACCCCAGCCCAUAGCCCACCAGGUGUCCUACCCUGCGCAGCGAGCACAGCCCAUGCCGCAGCCUGCACAGCAGUCGGGGCUCCAGACCAUGAUGCCCAGCCAGCAGCCUAGCUACCAGGGCAUGAUGGGAGUCCAGCAGCCCCAGAACCCAGGCCUCAUCAACUCCCAGAGGGCCGGCAUGGGGGGACAAAUGCAGAGCAUGAUGGUCCAGUACCAGCAGAUGCCCUCGUAUCAGGUGUCCGUGGGGAAUGAGUCCCAGCAGGUGCAGCAGCAGUACCAGCAGCAGGUCAUGGUGCCCGUCAGCCAGUCUGUCCAGGGGCCCAUGCCUGUCUACUACAGCGUUAUCACCCCUACACAGCAGACCAGCACAAGUCCAUCAGUAGGCUACCUGCAGCCCCCCAGCACGGAGCAGUACCAGAUCACCCAGUCCCCGUCCCCAUGCAACCCACAACAGAUCCAGCAGCAAUAUUCAGGAGUGCCAGCCCCCGGUCCGGGGGUGAUGGUCAUGCAGCUCAGUGUCCCCAAUGGACCGCAGCCUACCCAGAAUCCUCCUCUGGUCCAGUGGAAUCCGUGCAAGUACUACAGCAUAGAGCAGAGGCCCAGCAAGCCAGGGGAGCUCUACAAGCCUGAGAACCCUCAACAGGCUGGUACUCAGCUGGCCAACAGCCCCCUGGCCUCCCCCACCCAGUCGCCCGCCCCGUCCCCCUCCGGCAGCGUGAACAGUGUGUGCCCUGGCCUGGGACCCCUGCCUCUCAUCUCCCAGUUCUCUCGGCCCGGAGGACCAGCACAAGGGGACGGACGCUAUUCCCUGCUGGGCCAGCCCCUGCAGUACAGCCUCUGUCCCCCUCCGCUCAUGCACGGACAGCCCUCCUACAACUCCCAUCAGGGCCAAGGAGCCAUGAAACACGGAGCGAGAGGGAAGAAACAGACGCUGAAGUCUCAAUCAACAGAUCUUGGCACCACUGAUGUCGUGGUCAGCCGCGUGCUGGAGGUGACCGACCUCCCCGAGGGGAUCUCACGCCCCGAGGCCCAGAAGCUCUUCAACCAGCUCUCGCUGUGCGGCGCUAGGAUCCAGUGGCUUAAGGACCCCCAGGGGGGCCGUGGGGGGGCAGGGGACAACGGCAGCCACCCCCACCACCACCACCACCACCCCCACCCUCACCCCCAGCAGCAGCACCACCACCAUGACCCGGCCCACCUGUACACGGUGGUGGCGGUGUUCCCCAGCACCAUGGCCGCACAGAGCGCUUCCUUCAAACUCAACAACAGCGGCGGCGGCCUCUUCAAGCUGCGCGCCGCCAAAAAGAACUACGACCUCCGCGUUCUGGAGAGGGCCAGCUCCCAGUGAGCA